AUGCUAGACCCGAUGCUCGCCGCCCAACUUCUGGCCACCCAACAACAAUACGCCGGGAAAUCAAAGUACGCCCAGCUGCUGGCCGUUCUCGAGGAGAUCAACCGAGAGAUCCGGCCGACAUACGCCGGCAGUCGGAGUGCGAUCGAGCGUUUGAAGCGGGGGAUCGUGCACGCGCGUAUUCUGGUUGAUCAACCACACACCAAAAUUCCGCACAGCAGCUUAAACGAGCUGGAGCUCGAGGUCGAUGUGGGUCUCUACAACCACUUCUACGUCGAUAAGGAAGUGCUCAGACUUUGGCUAGAUGGACUGACAGUGAGUGAUGCUGCGCGCAUACUCCACCAGGACACCACAGCGUCCGGUCCGUCGGCCUCGUUCCCGAUCCCUCUGGAUUUACUGACUGCGGAUGUGGAAGAUCAUUUCCGCGGUUUUUGUCACAUCGAAAAAUACCUCCACGCUCCCUUGAGACUUGAAGACCAGUUUCUCGUCCAGAUUAAUAAUGAUGACAAACGCCUUCUGAUCGAAUCCUAUUACCAAUAUGACGCCAGUGUGGUGCGCGAAAUCUUGGGUAAGAAGCUGUCUUCAAGAAACCGUAAGGAUCUUGACGAGGUUCACGAAAAAACACUCAUUGAUCUGAAGUCAUGUCGACGACAGUUCGACAACAUCAAACGUGUAUACAAAAUGGUGGAGGAAACCCAGGGUUCAGUGGUGAAUAUCAUCCGCUCGAGAUUUUUGCUCCCCUUCGGUCUCGUUCAGGAUUACGCAGCCAUAUCAUUCAUGACACACCAUCGUAUGGGCAACGAAAAAAAAUUGUCAUUCCUUUCAUUGGAGGAUUUUAUAACCUGUGCUGUCUUCAUGCUCGACAACUGGACAUGUCGCACUCCCAAUUGUGCGCACGAAGAGUCCUGCCUCGACCUAGACCGUGAGUUCGUCGUUUUCCUCCGUGACUGCAAAAUAGUCACGGAGCGAGACUUCAUAGACAGGGUUAGAGACCACACGGUUGCUCUUGUUCGGAGUUCACUGUCGAAACACGCUUUGAUCGACUUGGAGCAGAAUCUCAAGAACUACCUCCGGGUUCUGGUGAGCAUGGCGUACAACCUGAAUCACACCAAAGAGCUCCGAGAUUUUUUCCUCGAUUGCGUAGAAAAGAUUGUCGAUCCAAUGAAGAAUUAUCACUGGAGUUUGAGUGAUGUGUCGUCGUUCCUCGAAGCUCUCACCAAAGCCCCUCGACAGAGCGCCUUUCUGUGUGAACCAAAACUCCACGACAACUGGGUCCGCUUCAUGACCACGGUGACGAAGUGCGUUUCGCACCUUUACUCAGCCUACUCGGAAAGCAGCACACGUUAGAUGGAGCGGAGAGUACGAGCUCAGGAAUCGGACUCAGAUCAGAGUCGAAAUGUAUCAAGGA